CCGCCCGCAGCGCGGCGGGCUGAGGCAGUGGGACGAGGAGAACGAGACUGAGACAGUGGGACGCGUCAGUGGUGAGACACGGCGGUGAGACACGGCGGUGGAGUGAGGAACAGGCGUGUGGAGCGGAACACAAGCCCGAGGGUCAGCAUGUGUGAGCUUGGCGCUGGUGCCGCCGACGUGCCGGCCGGCCGGGUCCGGCGCUCCAGCUCCGCCGCCGGCCUGCUGUCGCCGCCGGCCGACCCGGCCCGGUCAGCAUCGCUGGACCGACGGGUCCGGCCCCAGGCGCCCGCCAGGUGGGCGUCCCUGCGCGACGGGUCCGCAGCGCGGCCGCCGCCGGUACCAGCUGCCCCGCCACCAGUGCCGCCGCACGCGCCUUGCCUGCGCCGGCCUCCUCCGCCGCCGGCUGUCGAUCCGGCGGCCUACGCUCUGCCGGCGGCGCCGUCUGCCCGUCCAGCCGCCGGCAGCGGGGCCACCGGCGGCCGGCCGGCCCGGCCGCGCGGCCACGCCCGGUCGUGCUCGGCCACGGUGCCGCUGGGGCCGCUGCACCAGGCGGCCUCCGAGACAGGCGCGGGCCGGCCGCCGCGCUCCGAGUCGCUGGGCCGCCGGGGCGGCGACUCUCGCUCGGCGGGCGCCCCGGCCGGUCAGCCGCGCCCGCCGCCGGCGCCACUGCGCUCCGUCUCCGUGGUUCUGCCCCCACGCAGCAAGGCCUUCAUGGGUGUGGUCAGGUCGGCCGGGUCGAUGAGGACUCUGGGGAAGACCGGCUCAGCUGUGGAGAUCUCCGUUCCCCGGCGGACCCCGCGGCACUUCUCGACCAUAGACUCGGCCUACACGUCACAGGGCGGCCUGGCGGACUUCUCGCAGCUAGAGACCUCUGGCGGUAGUGUGCGCAUUCAGCACCUGACCGGGGGGCGGCCGGGCGGCGCCGCCGCCGCCGGCGAGCCGCACGACUCGCUUAUCGCGCCGUGCGCCCACUUCCACUACGAGCACGUCCACCUGCCCGGCCUGGAGGUCAGUGCGGCGGUCCGCCCGGCCUGGAGGUCAGUGCGGCGGUCAGUGCGGUCAGGUCAGUGAGGCGCAGCGACCUCACCGACAUUGGCUCUGUAUGAUAAAAUAAACAUAUUUUAUCUUGUAUGUAACCAACACUGUCUGUUGAGCAUGAGUCGGAGACCGUGAUGGGUGCCCAGCGCGCGCUGUCGGCUGUCGGCAGGUCUGUCUGUCUGGGGACCGCCGCUCUCCGGCCGCCGCCGCCGCCGCCGCCGGCCGCCGCUGGCUGCCGCUGCGAGUCAGCUGCCGAGGCAGCAGCUGGCCGCUGCGCCGCUCGCCGGAGCAGCUGCGGCAGCUGGACACCCAGCUGCACGUCUGCGUGUUCGACAGGAGGUACUCGAGGCUGCCCGACCUGCAGCGGUGGUUCCGCAGCGCGCGCCACCAGUCCACUGACCAGGUGAGUGCGGCGCCGGCCGGCGGGUCAACCAGGGCGGAACAGGAACUAACUCAGACACCAACAACUAUGUCAAGGCAGCCGGUAGAGAGCAGAUUAGUUUUAGCUCAGGUAGGUUAUUUCAACGCUCUUCACUCUGAGUCUUGCCACCUUAAUCCGCGCCGGGCCGGUGCUUCGCGACUUCCGCGCCGGGCCCCGGGGGAGGGUGUCUGAACAACCCUCCCCCGUCUAACUUGGUUCCUGGGCCACCACGUAGCGACACGCAGUAAGCGGCAAUCCAAAGAGCAUCAAAAAUAACAGCCACUUUGGUCAUUUUUUGGGUCAGGUCAUAGGUCAGGUCGCCAGAGGUCAUUAAAUGUCAAAUUUAGUUCAUUUCAACUAUUUUGGAAACUGCCAACGGCUAAUUCGGGAACCAAUAGAGGUACAGAGUCGCGGAAAAGCGCAUUCGAUAGCAAUUUCAAAGGGGUUUCUUAAUAUUGUUCUCAGAUUUGACCUCAGGUCAACGGUGUAGCCUCCGUAGGGUAAAAACUCCAAAAAUAACAGUUUUUAUGAAAAACGUUUUUCUGCAAUAACGUUUAACUCAAGACAGCGAACACUUUAUUUUGCCAGCAUCGUGUUCCUGUCAUCGAGACGCGUCGAAUGAACUAUAAUUUGAACUUCAAAGGUAAUUUUGAAAAGUUGACCUUUGGUCAAGGUCAUGACCUAACUGGAAAGGGUCAUGUUGCUUAUCAGGCGAUCAGUAUUGUCGAGCUGAAUGCAUCUGACGUAUUUUCAUAAGUUGAGCGCGAUUUUUCUCCGAGGACAACUUUGAUGCAGGCAGAGUAAAGCCCGGUGAAUGAACGCUGUUGGCAUAUGGAUAAUGGAUAUAAUAUAACACAAGGGCUUGAAUUUAUAAUUUCAUGGACUGAAAAAAAAAACAAA